AUGUCUCACGUCCCGAUGAUGUUGCGGCCCAUCAAGCCCGAAGACCUGGUGUUUCCCCACGAGAUGAACACGAAUCGCGACCUGUUAGCGUUCGCCAACCUGAUGAUCCGACCGCCACCAAGCAAGCCUGUCGAGAUCUUUAUGAUUUGCGACAUCGUGCAGUGCCUCAUCACACUUUUUGCCUGCACCAACGUCAUGGUCAAAAAGGGUCGCAUGCGAGAUUUCCGCAUCAUCACGUUGCGCAAGAGUCCUUACGGCACUUUCAUCGUCCCCAACGCUAUUUGGAUCUUGCUCACAGGCAUGGUUGUCUAUCUUGUCGAAUGGACCGUUUUUUGCACCUGGAUAGUGUUCGUGCAGAAGACGAACAGGCCGCUAGCCGAGUGGCUUUGGUACAUCCCCUUUCCUUGGCUUUCGCUAGCAUACUCAGCUUGGGCAGCAGGUUACGGUUUUGUGCUCACAUGCAGUCCUCGAUCGCCCAUCUCGAAUCUGCUCGGUAGAAGAAAGCAGGAAUUCAGCGGCAGCAGUCUAAGCUGGUACCACUUGCCAAUCCCACACUCGGCAUGGCUGAUGAAUACGUUUUUCGUCAGCGUCACCGUGGCCAUGUUCGGCUACAACAUCGUCGUGACGGCAUUCGCUGGCAAGCAGCUGGCGAGUACGCACGAGAGGCCCCGCGACAUCAUGGCUCUUCUCUUUGGGCAGCCGUUCACACAUUCAGAAGCGUGGCUCAACGAUGUACCCACGCAAGAAAUGCUGGACUUGGUGAAAGUCGGCUGGGCCGCCAUGAUGAACGUUUUCCGCAUCUGCUGCGUAGCACUAGCCUCGUACUUGGUGUUGACCACGAUGACCAUUGUGGUUGCCUUUCUGUACUCGGUCCCAAACCAGCUGUUCCUGAUGGACCAUCUGUGUCGUAUCUUUCCCGACGUCCCUGCGGAGCAAGGUAUGAGAAAGAGGAGCGCUAGUGAAAACAUCAAGAUGCUGUGGAAGAUCGGAUUGCCGCGUAACCUGAAGGGCCCAUCGUACUCUGCCUUCAAAAAGACAUGGAUGGUGACCAUGAUCGGACAUUGGCAAUCGAUUCUGUUGCUCGCAGCCGUGUCAGCAUUUAUCGUUCCGCCGUGGUUUCUCUUUUUCGUCCCCUGGACCAACGCCUAUGAAGGACGAAGCUCGGAUCACCAGGUCAUGUUCAUCGUCGCGUACACGAUCUCGGUCGCCUUUUUGUCCGCUGGUUGGGUCACCGGUCUUUCAGCUACGUUGACGUACGAUGAAAUUUUCAAGGCGAUAGCCGGGCUUGGUAAUGGCCAUAUCACGGAUCCUUUGUCGAGCUCUAGUCAGGAGAGUUCUAUGCCGCGUCAUAGUCGAAGCUUCUUGGGCAAGUUCCCUGGCGCCAAACUGAUCCUUCCGCCACCAUCACUCACUCGCUCCAAGUCGCUUCAAAGCCCAACAUCAUCGCAGUCGCCUGGGCUGCUUCGCCCUAUGCCGAGCUUUACGCCUUCUUCUGCUGACUCGCACAUCACCGAAAAGGACGAUAUCCCGCUUGACGAUUAUCGAUACCCUUCUCCUGUCAAUAAUGGGAACAAACUGACCAUUGUGACGGAGACAACGAUCACGGUACAUCACGAUGAUCUGGAGGCCAACAUGUCGGGCCCGGAAUCGGUCUCAACGUAUUCUAACCCUUGCAACGCGGGCAAUUCUCCGACACAGGCCACAUCGCCAUACUCCUUCCUUUCCAGGAAAGCGAACCGCUCAAGCAAGUGA